CACCUCUAAGAGCGUUGAAUCAGCUGUGGAUAAAUCAUCCUCAUAUUGUUUAUUUCCUUACAGACGACAAUCUAGGCAAAAUGUCCACUUAUUAUUUUGUAAUAGUGGGCCACAAUGAUAAUCCCAUAUACGAGAGAGAAUUCAGCACGGCAAACAAAGAACAGCGCAAAGAGGAUCAGAGACAUCUCAGUCAAUUUAUAGCUCACGCAGCUUUAGAUCUUGUCGAUGAGCACAAAUGGAAGACAGCAAACAUGCAGCUAAAGUCAAUAGAUCGAUUCAAUCAAUGGUUUGUGUCCGCCUUCAUCACCGCAUCCCAGAUACGCUUUAUUAUAGUGCACGACAAUAAGAACGAUGAGGGAAUCAAGAACUUCUUUAAUGAAAUGUACGACACAUAUAUAAAGCAUUCGAUGAAUGCGUUCUAUAAGAUAAAUACGCCCAUUAAGUCGGCAAUAUUUGAAAAGAAGUCGGAUAUCUUUGGCCGCAAGUAUUUGUUGUCGUAAUAAUAAAUGAUUAGUAGAAAUAUUAGAAUGUGAUUUGAAUUUUAUUUAUUUAGAAAAGCAGUCUAAAGACAUGGGAUGCGUCUUCGUAUCAAAUCUAAAACGAUUUAACGCCAUACUUUGCUUCUACAAUGUCAAAUGUGUAUGAAUAUGAAAGAGCAAUCUGAUGUUGCACGGAAUUUUGUUGAAUCUCUGUUGAAUAUUGAGUUAUG